AUUAAUGACUGGCGGAGGUUUAAAUUGGACACCGUAGAUCAGACUGUCCCACAAAGCAAGCGACAGCUCCUCAGGCAAAUGUCCAGUCCACAAGAUGACGAUAAAGAGCGAGCCAACAGAAAGAUGAGUGUUCAGGAGUAUGAGAUGAUCCAAACGGAGGAUGAACAGUGCCUGAAACGCUACAGAAAACAAUGUAUGCAGGAAAUGCAUGAGCGCCUGAGUUUUGGACCCAGGUUUGAAUCAGUCCAUGAACUUGAGAGUGGAGAGGCUUUUCUGGAAGUUAUUGAAAAGGAACAUCGGCUGACCGUUGUAGUGGUCCACAUCUACCAGCACGGUGUGAAAGACUGUGAACAGCUGAACUCGUGUCUGGACUGUCUGGCUUCAGAGUAUUCCAGCGUUAAAUUCUGCCGCAUUGACCGCUGUGGCCACAGGUGCUUCUGA